AUGAACGUUACCCCUCUACAUUUUGGAAGUAUAUGCCGAAUCUGUCUGCGAGGCAGCAAAACUUAUUCUUUUAAAAGUUUGUUUGAAAAUAUACAGAAUGACACCAUAAGCUCAAAGUUAAUCGCAAUAGCAAACAUAAGCAUAGAUAAAAUGGAUGGGUUUUCAAAACUUAUUUGUUUAAAAUGUACCAAACGAUUGAAUAAAUGCAUUGAAUUUAUAGAAUUAUGUCAACAGUCAGAAAAGAAGUUUAAAGAUCUAAAUUCUAUGAAGCUUUGCAACAAAUUUAUAGAGGAUAAGAAAGAAUGUGUUCUACAACUUACACAAGAUGAAUCAAAAGCAGAGCUAAAAAACAAUGAUAUUUUAAAUAUUUCAAAAGCUGAAAGGCAACAUCAAUGUUCCAUAUGUGGAAAAUUUAUGUCCUCCAGAUAUAGGCUUAGAACUCAUUCAGUUACACACACCAAAGAACGCCCGUUCCCAUGUAAUCAGUGUGAUAAAAGCUUUUCACUAUCAGAAACCUUGAAUGUGCAUAAAAGGACACACACAGGUGAAAAACCAUUUCACUGUGGAACUUGUGGUAAGGGUUUUGCCCAUUCAGCUGGUCUGAUAGCUCAUAACCGAAAGCAUACUGGUCAGUUACCUUACCAGUGUCAUCUUUGCCCUAAGCGAUUCAGAACUAUAGGCCAUUUGCAAUAUCAUAUAUGUAAACAUACAGGAACACGAAAUUUUGAUUGUGAUACAUGUGGGCGUGCCUUUAUCACCCGUCAAGAUUUAAAGCAACAUCUAAUCUCGCAUGGUGGUGAGAAACCUCAUGUCUGCUGUGUUUGUGGAUUGCGUCUGAGUCGCGCCUCGAACCUUCGACGUCACACAAAACUAGCACAUUCUGAAGAUUCUUCUUUGUUAUUUGAUAAAAGCAGUGGGAAACAUCCAAAGUCAUCCAUAAAGUGA